AGGUUGUACAUAAGUAUUAUACUUGUACGUUGUUAUUUUAUUUUAUUCAAUUCUUUGGCUAAUUUCACCUUGAAUAAUUAAUAUAAUUUGCAUUUCUAUCGGUAAGGUGACCCACAGUAUUCCCCGAUAUCAUGUUUACGUGAAAAUACAAAAGUGAAACCUCGUGAUUAUUCGUCAUGUCUAUCUUUUAAUUCUUUGUGUGCAGAACAGAGCUAUGAUGUUUCCAAGAUCUUGCGAUACCUUCGUAGUACUUCCUCCGCUUACGAAAAAUGCCAGAGUUAUAUUUGGGAAAAAUUCAGAUCGCCCUCAGAAUGAAGUCCAAGAAUUAGUCUUACUCAAAGGAGGCAUAAGGGAAUCUAAGCUCAAGUGCACUUACAUCACAUUAGAGGAAAGUGCAGAGCCUAUCAAUUCAGUGAUAUUGAGUAAACCAGCAUGGAUGUGGGGAGCUGAAAUGGGUGCAAAUGAUAAAAAUGUUGCUAUUGGAAAUGAAGCUGUUUGGACUAAUAACAAUGAGGGAGAUGGAGAUGCAAGACAGAGACGUCUAUUGGGCAUGGAUUUAGUUCGAUUAGGCCUUGAAAGAGGGAACACGGCAGAAGAAGCACUCAAUGUAAUAACCACUCUUCUAGAAAAGUAUGGCCAAGGAGGCCCUUGCUCAGAACUUGAUGACAGCCACUUCUACCACAACUCAUUCUUGAUAGCCGAUCCAAAAGAGGCUUGGGUGUUGGAGACCAGCGGGAAACUGUGGGCAGCUGAGAAAAUAGAAUCUGGAUAUAGGAACAUCUCCAACGGACUGACAAUAACGACAAAGAUAGAUAAACAUUCGGAGAAUUUGCAGGCGAAAGCUAAGAACAUGGGCUUGUGGGAUGGUCAAGGGGAGUUUAAUUUCACCAAAUGCUUCUCUUCCGGUGGUGACGAAGUACGACAGGAGGAAGGUAGAAAAUUGUUGCAACUCGGAACUGCUACUUCGAGUUUUGACGUCAAAGACAUGUUCGGUAUACUGAGACACAAAGAAAGUCGGAUUUGUCGAGGCUGCGAUGAUACAUUUCCAACUCAAGGAAGCCAGGUGUCAAGUUUGACAGCUACCGAUGUGAACGUCCACUGGUUUACUGCAACUCCUGAUCCGAGCGUCUCAUACUUCAAACCGUUCAUUUUCACGCCAAACCCGAAGAUAUCUCCUUACACCAUAAGCAGCACUGAAGAGAAAAAAAGGGAACAUCAUCUCUACAAACUUCACGCUGAACAUGUACUGAAGUCUGGCAAUACCAAGAUAUCUAAAGUGUUGCAAGAUAUGGAGCAAGGAUGCCUCGCCGAGAUUGAUGAGUUCACGAAGAAAUUCGAAAACGGUCAGAGUAACCUUGAAGAGCUCGAUGAUUUAAUGAAGAAUUGCGUUGAAACCGAAGUUAAGCUUUACGGUUAA